CUGAAGGGGACCUGCUGGCUUAACAUCCAAGACAAUCGCUGUGAAGUCAACAUCAAUGGUGCUACACUGAAAUCUGAAUGCUGCGCUACCUUAGGAGCAGCUUGGGGAAGCCCUUGUGAGCGAUGUGAAUUAGACACAGCUUGCUCAAGAGGAUUUGCCAGAGUGAAGGGUGUUACCUGUGAAGAUGUAAACGAGUGUGAUGUUUUCCCGGGGGUUUGUCCCAAUGGGCGGUGCAUUAACAGCAGAGGUUCAUUUCACUGCGAGUGCCCAGAGGGACUCACACUGGAUGGAACAGGGCGAGUGUGUUUAGAUAUUCGCAUGGAGCAGUGCUACCUGAAAUGGGAUGAAGACGAGUGUGUUCAGUCUGUGCCUGGCAAAUUUCGUAUGGAUGCCUGCUGCUGUGCCGUGGGGGCUGCCUGGGGCUCCGACUGCGAGGAGUGUCCUAAGCCUGGCACCAAGGAAUAUGAAGCUCUGUGCCCCAGAGGCCCUGGCUUUUCCAACAGGGGAGAUAUUCUAACUGGCAGGCCAUUUUAUAAAGAUAUCAAUGAAUGUAAAGUGUUCUCUGGUAUGUGUACGAAUGGUAAAUGCAGAAACACAAUUGGAAGUUUCAAAUGUAGAUGUAACAGUGGGUUUACUUUAGAUAUGGAGGAAAGAAACUGCACAGACAUAGAUGAGUGCCGGAUCUCCCCAGACUUAUGUGGAAGUGGUACUUGUGUCAACACUCCUGGAAGCUUUGAGUGUGAGUGCUUUGAUGGUUAUGAAAGUGGAUUUAUGAUGAUGAAGAACUGUAUGGAUAUUGAUGAAUGUGAACGCAAUCCUCUGCUGUGUAGAGGUGGCACAUGUGUGAAUACCGAAGGGAGUUUUCAGUGUGACUGUCCUUUGGGACAUGAGCUGUCACCGUCACGUGAGGAAUGCAUAGAUGUAAAUGAGUGCUUGUUAAGUGACAAUCUCUGCAGAAAUGGCAAGUGUGUGAAUAUGGUUGGAACAUACCAGUGCUCAUGUAACUCGGGGUACCAGGCCACUCCUGACAGACAAGGCUGCAUGGAUAUUGAUGAAUGUAUGAUAAUGAAUGGAGGCUGUGACACCCACUGCACUAACUCAGAAGGCAGCUAUGAGUGCAGCUGCAGUGACGGGUAUGCUCUAAUGCCAGAUGUCAGGACAUGCGCAGAUAUUGAUGAGUGUGAAAACAAUCCAGAUAUUUGUGAUGGUGGGCAGUGUACUAAUAUUCCAGGGGAAUAUCGCUGUCUCUGUUAUGAUGGAUUUAUGGCUUCUAUGGACAUGAAAACUUGUAUUGAUGUGAAUGAAUGUGAUCUGAAUUCCAACAUCUGUAUGUCUGGGGGGUGUGAAAACACUAAAGGUUCCUUCAUUUGUCACUGUCAGCUAGGAUAUUCGGUCAAGAAGGGAACCACUGGAUGCACAGAUGUGGAUGAGUGUGAGAUUGCUGCUCACAACUGUGAUAUGCAUGCCUCAUGUGUCAAUGUACCAGGAAGUUUUAAAUGUAGUUGCAGAGAAGGAUGGGUUGGAAAUGGCAUUAAAUGUAUUGAUCUUGAUGAAUGCUCCAAUGGGACCCACCAAUGCAGCGUGAAUGCUCAGUGUGUGAACACCCCGGGGUCGUACCGCUGUGCCUGCAUGGAAGGAUUCACGGGGGAUGGAUUUACUUGCUCUGAUGUUGAUGAGUGUGCAGAAAAUGUUAACCUGUGUGAAAAUGGACAGUGUUUGAAUGUCCCUGGUGCCUACCGUUGUGAGUGUGAGAUGGGGUUCACUCCCACCUUGGACAGCAGGUCAUGCCAAGAUAUCGAUGAAUGUUCCUUCCAGAACAUAUGUGUAUUUGGUACCUGUAAUAAUCUACCAGGAAUGUUUCAUUGCAUCUGUGAUGAUGGCUAUGAGCUAGAUCGAACUGGAGGAAACUGUACAGAUAUCGAUGAAUGUGCCGAUCCCAUUAAUUGUGUUAAUGGUCUUUGCGUGAAUACCCCUGGAAGGUAUGAGUGUAAUUGCCCUCCAGACUUCCAGCUGAAUCCUACUGGAGUGGGUUGUGUGGAUAACCGUGUUGGCAAUUGCUACCUGAAGUAUGGACUGCGAGGAGAUGGAAGCCUAUCAUGCAACACUGAAAUUGGAGUUGGAGUCAGUCGUUCCUCGUGCUGCUGUUCUCUGGGAAAGGCUUGGGGAAACCCCUGUGAGACGUGUCCCCCUGUAAACAGCACGGAAUAUAACACUCUCUGUCCAGGAGGAGAGGGAUUCAGACCAAAUCCCAUCACUAUUAUUUUAGAAGACAUUGAUGAAUGUCAGGAACUGCCAGGUCUCUGCCAAGGUGGAAAUUGCAUCAAUACUUUUGGCAGCUUCCAGUGUGAAUGUCCAAAAGGCUACUACCUCAGUGAAGAGACAAGGAUAUGUGAAGAUAUUGAUGAGUGUGUUGCACAUCCUGGUGUCUGUGGUCCUGGCACCUGCUACAAUACCUUGGGGAACUACACCUGCAUUUGCCCACCUGAAUAUAUGCAGGUGAACGGAGGACAUAACUGCAUGGACAUGAGGAAAAGCUUUUGCUACAGAAGCUAUAAUGGAACCUCCUGUGAGAAUGAACUGCCCUUCAAUGUGACCAAAAGAAUGUGUUGCUGUACAUACAAUGUUGGAAAAGCCUGGAACAAACCUUGUGAACCAUGUCCAACUCCAGGAACAGCUGAAUUCAAGAACAUAUGUGGGAAUAUUCCUGGGUUCACUUUUGACAUUCAUACUGGAAAAGCUGUUGACAUUGAUGAAUGUAAGGAAAUCCCAGGAAUCUGUGCAAAUGGUAUUUGCAUCAAUCAGAUUGGCAGCUUCCGCUGUGAGUGCCCCACUGGAUUCAGCUACAAUGACCUACUCUUGGUCUGUGAAGAUAUUGACGAGUGUGGCAACGGGGACAAUCUCUGUCAGAGAAAUGCAGACUGUAUCAACAGUCCAGGCAGCUUCCGCUGUGAAUGUGCUGCUGGUUUUAAACUUUCACCCAAUGGUGCUUGUGUUGAUCGCAAUGAAUGUCUGGAAAUUCCUAAUGUGUGCAGUCAUGGCUUAUGUGUGGACAUGGAAGGAAGUUACCAGUGCAUAUGUCACAAUGGUUUCAAGGCAUCUCAAGACCAGACUAUGUGCAUGGAUGUUGAUGAAUGUGAACGCCAUCCAUGCGGAAAUGGAACUUGUAAAAAUACAGUUGGAUCAUAUAACUGCCUCUGUUACCCAGGAUUUGAGUUAACUCAUAAUAAUGAUUGCAUGGAUAUCGAUGAGUGCAGUUCCUUCUUUGGUCAGGUGUGCAGAAACGGACGGUGUUUCAAUGAAAUUGGAUCCUUCAAAUGUUUAUGUAAUGAAGGAUAUGAGCUUACUCUAGAUGGCAAAAAUUGCAUUGAUACUAAUGAGUGUGUGGCACUACCUGGUUCAUGCUCUCCUGGUACCUGUCAAAAUUUGGAAGGAUCAUUCAGAUGCAUCUGUCCACCAGGAUAUGAAGUAAAAAGUGAAAGUUGUAUUGAUAUUAAUGAGUGUAAUGAGGAUCCGAACAUCUGUCUCUUUGGCUCUUGUACAAACACUCCAGGAGGUUUCCAGUGCAUCUGUCCUACAGGUUUUGUGCUGUCUGAUAAUGGACGGAGAUGUUUUGAUACUCGUCAGAGCUUCUGUUUCACUAACUUUGAGAAUGGGAAAUGCUCAGUGCCAAAGGCUUUCAACACCACAAAGGCAAAGUGUUGCUGCAGUAAAAUGCCAGGAGAAGGAUGGGGUGACCCCUGUGAGCUCUGUCCGAAGGAAGAAGAAGUUGCUUUUCAGGACCUGUGUCCCUAUGGUCAUGGAACUAUUCCUGGUAUUGAUGAUACACGUGAAGAUGUCAAUGAAUGCCUUGAGAGCCCGGGGAUUUGCUCAAAUGGUCACUGCAUCAAUACUGAUGGAUCGUUCCGCUGCGAGUGCCCUAUGGGAUACAACUUGGAUUACACUGGAGUACAUUGCAUUGAUACUGAUGAAUGUUCAAUUGGCAACCCAUGUGGAAAUGGUACAUGCAGUAACGUGAUCGGCAGUUUUGAGUGCAACUGUCAUGAAGGAUUUGAGCCAGGACCAAUGAUGAACUGUGAAGAUAUAAAUGAAUGUGCUCAGAAUCCCUUGCUUUGUGCUUUUCGUUGUAUCAACACUUACGGUUUCUAUGAAUGCACAUGUCCAGUUGGCUAUGAACUAAGAGAAGACCAAAAGAUGUGCAAAGAUCUGGAUGAGUGUGCCGAAGGUCUCCAUGACUGUGAAUCAAGAGGCAUGAUGUGCAAAAAUUUGAUUGGUACCUUCAUGUGCAUUUGUCCUCCUGGAAUGACCCGGAGACCUGAUGGAGAAGGCUGUACAGAUGAAAAUGAAUGCCGCACCAAGCCAGGUAUCUGUGAAAAUGGUCGUUGCAUGAACGUUAUCGGGAGCUACCGAUGCGAAUGUAAUGAAGGAUUCCUGUCAAGUCCAUCAGGCAUUGAGUGUAUUGAUCAUCGCCAAGGGUUUUGCUUUGCUGAAGUCUUGCAGACAAUGUGUCAGAUGGCUUCAAGCAGCCGGAAUCUUGUCACUAAAUCUGAGUGCUGCUGCGAUGGAGGCCGGGGCUGGGGGAACCAGUGUGAGCUCUGUCCUCUUCCUGGAACAACCCAAUAUAAGAAACUCUGUCCUCAUGGACCAGGCUAUGCUACAGAUGGAAGAGAUAUUGAUGAAUGUAAGGUCAUGCCAAACCCAUGUAGAAAUGGACAGUGUAUUAACACUAUGGGCUCUUUCCGAUGCUUUUGCAAAGUUGGCUACACUACUGACAUAAGCGGCACAUCUUGUAUUGACCUUGAUGAGUGCUCCCAGUCUCCUAAGCCAUGCAAUUUUAUCUGCAAGAACUCAGAAGGGAGCUAUCAGUGCUCAUGUCCUCGGGGUUACAUCCUUCAAGACGAUGGAAAAACAUGUAAAGAUCUUGAUGAAUGUCAAACCAAACAACACAAUUGUCAGUUUCUCUGUGUCAACACCCUUGGAGGCUUCACAUGCAAAUGUCCCCCUGGUUUUACACAACAUCACACAGCUUGUAUUGAUAACAAUGAAUGUGGUUCUCAGCCAUCACUUUGUGGAUCAAAAGGAAUUUGCCAAAACACCCCUGGAAGUUUUACCUGUGAAUGUCAAAGGGGAUUUUCUCUGGAUUCUACUGGAUUAGACUGUGAAGAUGUGGAUGAAUGUGAUGGAAACCAUAGAUGCCAGCAUGGCUGUCAAAACAUCCUGGGUGGAUACAGAUGUGGAUGCCCACAAGGAUAUGUUCAGCAUUACCAGUGGAAUCAAUGUGUUGAUGAAAAUGAGUGCUCCAACCCUAAUGUGUGUGGCUCUGCUUCUUGCUACAACACACUUGGAAGUUACAAGUGUGCGUGCCCAUCUGGAUUUUCUUAUGACCAAUUUUCCACUGCAUGCCAUGAUGUGAAUGAGUGUUCUUCUACCAAGAACCCCUGCAAUUAUGGUUGUUCAAACACUGAAGGUGGUUACCUUUGUGGCUGUCCACCUGGAUAUUACAGAGUUGGACAAGGCCACUGUGUCUCAGGGAUGGGAUUUAACAAAGGUCAGUACCUGCCACUGGAUGGAGAUGCUGAUGAAGAGAACGCUUUGUCCCCUGAAGCAUGUUAUGAGUGCAAAAUCAAUGGCUAUUCCAAAAAAGGAAACAGGAAGAAGAGAAGUGCUAAUGGCACUGUCAAGCAGAUCAGCUUAGAAAGUCUAGAUAUGGAUAGUCCUUUGAAGAUGAGAAUCAACAUUUCCAGGCUGGACAACAAGGAGCACCUUCUAGAACUUAUGCCAGCCAUUGAGCCUCUUACCAACCACGUGCGCUACAUUAUCUCACAUGGCAAUGACAAUGGCACCUUCCAAAUCCAUCAGAGGGAUGGACUGAGUUAUUUGCACACAGUUAAGAAGGAGUCAGUGCCUGGAACUCACAAACUGGAAAUCACUAGCGUUGCUCUGUAUAAGAAAAAGGAACUGAGGAAACUGGAAGACAGCAGUGAGGACAACUACCUCCUAGGAGAGCUUGGAGAAGCUCUCAGAAUGAUGCUGUGGAUAGACUUCUACUAGCUAUUUUCCAAACUGAGUCCAGUCCUUC